AUGGAUGAUUACUUUCCGACCCUGAAAAGGCCCAAAAAGAAGCUCGUUUUCCCCACAACUAAUUCAAGUGUUCCCUGUCAAUGGGCAGAAGGUGAUUUGGAAAAUGUUGAUAAGAUGUUUGAGGACUUGGAUUCCAAAAUUGAGGACUUCCCUUCUCCGUCACCUGAGAUAAACAUCCCGAAACAUGUAGAGGGCGAUAUGGAUGGGGAUGGAGACAAAGAAGGCAAACCAUAUCCUUCUGUUAGCCCUGAACUUGCCAUUGAUUCAGAGACUCCAUUUAAGAGACAUGGACCAGUUAAAACAUCUAGUCCAAUAGAACAAAAUGUAAUACAGCACAAAAACAAGCAAAAAAAGAACGAGGACAACUCUGCCUCACCAAUUCUUUUUGACUGUGAAGAAAACAACCAAGAUUUGGAGAUUGUUGGACAGACCUCUGAGAAACGGAGAUAUAUCAGGAAAGAUGAAAGUGAUGAUUCUAUGUUUGAGACUCUUCCAAAAACCUUUGUCAUCAAUAAAAUGUCAACACAGAAAAAACCAGCAAGGUCGAAACCAUCAACACCUUCAUGUCCACCUCUCUCUCCAGAGAGAUUUGAGGCAACUCCAGCUGCCCCAGAGAAACCAGCUGAAAGUGUUCCCACCAGGGAAAAGAUGACUGCUUUUCUCCAGAAGCUGCGAGAUGCCGGGCAACCGAAACCUGCAAGCACUGGUUUGCUGCAGGCCAAAGUCCAGCCUCAAGUGACAGAGUCAGAGCCUGAAGAUGACUUUCUUAUUUUAGAGGAUGAUGCUCCUUUGCAGAAAAAAUCCAAACCUUUAAAAGGUAAUGAUGGGGACUGUCUGAAGAAGACUCCAGUAAAGGCGGAUAGGAAACAAGCUGAUGUCCUGGAGGAGCGAAGCCCUGCGCCCGACUGUGAAUCUCCCAUUCCAGGAGUCAACAAUUUGAAAGCCAGCUCUAUGGAAGGAUCUUCUAUCGAAGAAAGUUCUGGGGUUCUGGUAAAGCGUAAACGUAAACGGACUGGACAGUGGUGGUUGGUCUCCCCUCAGAGCCCUCAGCAACAGCCCACAGACAAACAACCAGCAGUGAAGAAGCGAAAAGAGAGAAUUAAAAAAGUGAUUCCAUCUUCAUCCUCCGAUGACGCUCAAAAGCCAAAAGCGGAGAGGAAAAACAAUAAGCAGCGAACAUUGAGAAAAGCGAGGACAGUCAGGAGAAUAAUGUCAGAAGAUUCAGAAAAAGAUUUUCAGGAGUCGAGUCAAGACAAAGCUCUGGACCAAGAUUUCGAUUCCAGCCCGUUGGUGUUUGCACCCAAAGAACCUGGUACUUCUUCUGAACAUUUAUUUUCUAAAGUCUACAAGAAACAAAACACCCCAAGGGGAAAACUGGCUUCACCUACACGACCUGAUGAACAGUUCGGCUCGAAAGGAACCACACAUCGAGCAAGAAAAUCUCAUACACACCAGCGGCAGGUCACUUCCACACCAGAGGACAAACAGGGGGAGCUUUUGCAGCCUCAAAAACGACAAUCCGAAAAAGGCAAAACUCUGAGCGAAACAAAAAAACGGAGAAAACCUGUGCGCUGCCCUUCAAAACCACCAGGGGGAGCCGUUGAACAGUCUGUGGCCUCUCACGGUGGCCUUUACGGAACUAUCAAUGUGGAGCCACCGCUGAAUAAGAAAAAGAAUACAAAAAGAUUAACAAAACAGAACAAUAUUAACCCCCCUGCUGCUGAAGAUGCAGAGGCUGAUCAUAAUGUAGUCUGUAUGGAAGUUGAGGAAGCUAACAGAAAUCCAGGCAUUUCAACAAUCAUCAGAAGUGGGCCACCUUCUAUGAUUGGACUUGGAAACUAUGAGGAAGAUGAAGAUAUUGAGCUUCCGUCUUCUCUGGUGCAGCCCGCUCUGUGCGCCUCAGACCUGUGUGCGCCUCCUCUCCGGCCGCUCGUCCUGCAGCCCAAAGACCGAGUCAACCUCCAGGAGUGGCUCAAGUGUCUCUGGCCCGCCACAGAUCGGGGCUGUGAAAUCACACCGGAUCAUUUUGAGUGGUACGGUUACCAGGGCAGAGCGUUCGGCCUCACGGUGGACAUCCAAACGAGCUCCAUCUGCAACGGCAAGAUGCUGCUGGGUUCCUUCAUGAAGAAGCCUUUGUGGGUGGACCACAGUGCCCGAACAGUCUUUAAUUUAUUAACAAGCUCUGUGAGUUUAAUAGUGGACCGCAAUAAAUCGUGCUACAGUGCUGGACAGUCCUUCAUGGUUCCCCCGGGUCAGGCCUACAGCAUUCACAACCUCUGUGCGCAGCCUGCAGUCCUCUACUUCACCAGGGUUUAUGAGGAGGAGUCAGACACACAGGACAUUAACAUGUGA